CGUUUUCCUCUUCCUCAUGCCACCCUACCGGUAGCUAGCGGUAGCAUUCCAUCAUCAAUCUCAUCAUAUCCUGCAUCCAGUUAUCCCAUCCGAGUGACCGUAUCCAACGUAUUCAAUCCAUCGGAGAGAGUGUUGGCCGUGUUCUUACUGUAUCAGGGUUUUCAGCUACAGCGUCUAGCCAGCCAGCUAUCUAUCUAGCUAGCGUGUGCUUUCGGACAGCCAGACUGCAUCGAGCAAGAAAAAUUGUCAGUCAAGUCACAAUGAAGCGCCCCAUCCAUCUUUGCGCUCGUCCUUUCUCUGAGUUCAUGUGGCUCCCUUCCUCGACGACGUUGGAGCAGGUAAUGGAUCAACUGGAGACGUUGUUCCAGCUCGAAUCUUCGACCUACCAACGAAACGAUUACAUGGCAUUGUAUUAUUCCAACAACAACAACAACAACAACACGCGUUCUCGUCAUCCUGCCAUGAACGAAAGGACACGGCAGAGCAUGGUCGAGCUUCUCUAUGAGAUUGGUGAUUACUGUCACUUUCGUCGAGAGACAGUGUCCUAUGCCGUUUGGAAUCUCAUGGACCGCUAUCUCAGCUCCUCUCAACAAAGUCCACUUAUGGAAUUCACCACGGCCGACUAUCAACUGGUAGCUUCGACCUCCCUAUUCAUUGCCGUCAAAGUUCUGGAACCCGUCAGUAUGGAUGUGCAGUCCUUGGCCGAUCUCAGUCAAGGGGCAUUUAGUGCGGACGAUAUUCUGGACAUGGAACGAACCAUUUUGGCCACAUUGCAAUGGCGCAUUGCGCACGGACCGACACCCAUCCAGUUUGUCCAACUCUACCUUUCCAUUCUACAAAUGGACGGACGCGUCUUGGCCGAAUCUGAAGUCUUUGAUAUGCUCUUUGAACAUGCCCAAUAUCAGGUCGAAUUGGCCGUCAUGGAUUACAAACUCGUACAGUCCAAGCCUUCCGAAAUCGCAUUGGCGGCGCUCUGGAAUGCCUUGGAAUGCAAUUUGCACGAUGGUGGCGUCAUAGUACAACAAUGGCAGCAGCAGUUGGUACAGCAAAUCGCCACACUUCCUCCAAGUCUGCACGACAAACUACCGUCCCUUCAGUUGCAACUGUGCAAACUCCAAUACGCCGCCGAACAAAGUCAACAACGAGCCGAACAACCACCGUUGCUACCAAGCACGACGACGACAGAGGUCGAACGCGACGAACCACGCAAUCCCACAGAUGAUUGCUACUACGACUGCAACGACGAUGAGGAUCACACCGAGGCAGAGUAUGACGAAGAAGCGGCCCUCGCCAUGUUCCCCAGUCCAGUGUCCGUCACCUUGCAUCCCAUGUCCGCACGGCACUAUAGUGCAGCUAAGGAUGCCGUGAUGCUGGCACAGGACGAUCCGGAGUGCUUCUCCUUGGGUUUCUCCUUGCUACGACGGUUCUUCUUCUUUGCCUUGGCAUCUCCCUCUGGUUGACUUCCAGCUGGCAGCUAGCCUUCUACUCUAGUAACGUUCAUAAUGCUUCCUUUAACUUGC